AUGAGUUCAUAUAAAGUUGAUACAAAAACAGGCCUACCAGUAUUAUAUCUCAAAGAAAACAAGACUUCAUUAUGGAAAAAAUUUCUUGAAACAUAUCCUAAUGGCAUGAAGCGUACUUCAUUUAUGGCACGUUUGGAAAAUAGUCGUUUUGUUUAUCGUGAUGAUCUUGGUGAAUUGUGUGCUAUAUGUAAUGAAUAUGAAUUUGGCACUUUUGAAGACAUGGUUGAAUUAGUCAAGGAAAAAAUUGGAAACAAAGAUAUUCAGCACCAGUUAAUUUGCCAGCUUAAGACAACUCAACGCCAUUUGAAACGAGAAUACGAGAAAGAAUUGGUAAUCGAUAUCCUUGGUCAUGCGAUACAUAACAAUUGUUAUGAACAUUGUUUGAAAUUUGUAUUUGGAGAUUGUAAUGAAGAACAUUCUGAUAAAUAUAAUCAUUGUGAACAAGUUGAUUGCAUUUUUCAGAAAGUUCUAGAAAUGCUUCCUGAGAAAAAAAAAGAAAUCGUUAAGAAUCAUGCCAAAUUGCAUUAUUACUGGGCCCACCAAGCAAGAAAAACUUAUUUCAACACACAGUUCAAUGCUGCCUUGCUUCGUCUUGACGAAAAUUCAAAUUCUACUUCGUUGAACGUGGAAGCUUUUGAUCAUUGGUCAGAUGAUCCUAUACAAGAUGCGUGGUUUACUGUAUCUUCUUUUGAUGCAUUGUUUUCGACUAUGAAAAAGAAACCAACAUGGAUCGAGGUGUUAUCUGAUAAUGGCGGUCAUUAUCAUAACAAGCAAUUAAUGUUGAUAAUUAGUCAAUGGGAGCUUUGGUAUGGAAUAAGUAUAAAAUCAUGGAUUUUUCUAGAGCCCGGUGAAACCAAAACAACUAUUGAUUCUCACCAUGCACAGGCAAAAGGUGAAUAUGCUGGUCAUGUUUAUGCUAGAGCACUACCUGGAUUCGAUCAAUGGAACACAUUUUCAGUUUCGGAUGUCAAAAAAGCGAUCAAAAAUCAAGAAUUCACAAAGCCGAAUCCUCAAACAUCUGAUUGCACCAUUCCACAAUCAGACUGGAUAGUGCCAUUAUCAAAUAAAAUUUCAAAUCCAAAUUAUUGGUCAAAGGAAGCGAUCAAGAAUGAACUUGAAAAACGAAAGAUUGACUAUAGGGAUAAAGAAAACAACUUUGGAGAGGAAAUACUAAAUGAAAUCAAAGAAAUACAAUUGCUAGAUUCAACAUUGACCAAUGUAAUAUCAGCAAACCCAAAAUUAUCAGAACCAAAAAAGAAAAAACGACGUAUUAAUCAAGAUAUAAGUGAUGAUAUUGAAAAAGAAACAGAUCAUAAGUUGCAGGCAAUCUAUUUUAAUUUGGAAUGGGCACUUCAGGAACAACAAGAAUUUGACAAACAAGAUGCCAGAAAACAUAUGACUGAAAAGGUUAGAAAUCUUUUGAAAACUUACUUCUUGAGUGGAAAUGUUGACAAAAAACAGAAAUUUACUGUCACGAUGAUGUUAGUUAACUUGGAAAAAAGAGCAGAAGCAGGAGAAUUAGAU